GUGUCACUCCCUCUCUGUUCAGCUUUUUGUUUCGUGUGCAGCUAGCUCGUUUAACUCCUGGUUCUCGUGUCUCUCCCUGUGUUCGGCUCCUCUUGUUCUGCGUGCUAGCUAGCUCGUUUAACUCCUGGUUCUCGUGUCUCUCCCUGUGUUCGGCUUCUACGGUUCUCGUGUCUCUCCCUGUGUUCGGCUUUUUUUUGUUCUGUUUGCUAGCUCCUGUGGUAACUCCUGGUUCUCGUGUCUCUCGUUCUGUGAGCUAGCUUAUUUUGGAUUUGUCUGUUUAACUGUGGUUCCUGAGUUGGUGUUUUUGGUUUCUUGCUGUUUGCCGUGUGUUUCUUGGUUUCUUUUGUAGUUUAUUCUCGGUUUCAUUUGUGAUUUAAGUUCAUUUAACUCCCGGUUCGGUGACACUUUCUGUUUUGACUUUUUACUCAUGUUUGUGCACUUCUGUUAGUUUCGUUACUGUUUUUACACUCUGCGUUUGCUCUGUUUCUUCCCGGUUCGGUGACGCUUUCUGUUCUAUUUUAGUUUGUUUAAUUAUUAAAUAUUAUUUAUAAUUCCCUCCUGUGCCUAUAACCACUUGCACUUGGGUCCUACAACACGUCUCCUAUACGUGGCUUUAGCUCCCUCGUCCCUUCGUACUCGUGACACAAUGGCUGGUGUUGAGUCGUCCUGAGGGGAGAGUACAUUUCCAUGUUCUGUUAUACGAGCUGGACACUGACUGCUUAACAUGGCAUCAAUGUGUUGUUUCUUCAGUGUUGUCCAAUGAAAAGGUCAGAUUCAAUAUUUUAAGAUGUGAGGGGUAUACUCACGUUUGUGAGAUUCUCUAGCUGCAAUGUAGAAGAUACCCAGCGGCUGCUGGUGGUGAAAGAGGUUUCUACCAAGGCUCACGUGCGUGCCAGCACCUGUCAAAACCAGAGGAAACAUGAGCCUCCUCUUAUCAAAGAAGAGAAGAAUGACGAAUUUAAGGAGGAACAAACAGAGGACGAAUCAAGUAUCUCAUUCGCUCCUGUUGAUGUGAACGGAGAGGAGGUGCCCCCAACCAGCAGCUUGACUGAACACAUGAAAAUAGAAGGAUCAGAAACAGCUACCUGCUUGGAUGCACUUCUCCACCCUGACAAGCAGGGGUCGCUCUCUUCCGACUCUGACACAGACGACAGUGAAGACUGGAAAGAAAGCAGCAACACUCAGCCAGGGUCGAACUCUGUGAUGAAUGUCAAAGUACAUGUGAAUGAGAAGAAGGAUGACCCUGAUCAUAAAUCACUGAUCUGCUCUGGAUGUGGGAUGUCUUGUUCAUCAAAGUAUGAAAUGACUAGACAUUUAUUAGCAUGCUGGGGAGGACCUUUGACUUGUUCGAUUUGUGGCAAUUGCUUUGAAACAACAGAGAAUCUGAAGGCUCACAUGAAGAAUCACACUGAUGAAAAACCCUUCAGCUGUUCUCAGUGUGGUAACUGUUUUACACGACGCAUCCACCUUACUGACCAUAUGAGAAGUCACACAGGAGAAAAACCUUUCCGCUGCACAGAGUGUGGUAAAUGCUUUGGGCAUAACAGCCAUCUGAGCAAACACAAGAAAAUUCAUACAGGUGAAAAGCCUUUUAGCUGCACACAGUGUGGUAAACGUUUUACACGGAGGAGGAGUGUAACGACACACAUGAGGAUUCACACCGGAGAAAAGCCUUUCUUCUGCUCUCAGUGUGAUAUGUCUUUUAUGCAAAGCUGCCAACUGAGGCAACACAUGAAGAGUCAUACAGGUGAAAAGUCUUACGUCUGUUCUCUUUGUGGUAGGUGUUUUACUCAGAAUGGCCACCUCAGAGACCACAUGAGAAUUCACACAGGCGAAACACCUUUCAGCUGCUCUCAGUGUGGCAAGUCUUUUAAACAGCGCAGUCAUCUGAGGUCACACAUCAAGAGCCACACAGGAGAGAAGCCUUUCAGCUGCUCUCAGUGUGAGAAGUCUUUUUUUCAGAAAUGGGCCCUUGAGAAACACAUGAAACGUCACAUCGAUGAAAAACCUUACUCCUGCUCCCAGUGUAACAUGUGUUUUACAUAUCGGCGAAGCCUGCAGGCACACAUGAAGAUUCAUGCUGAAGUUAAACCCUUUAACUGUCCUGAAUGUGAUAAGGGUUUUAUGCUGCAAUGUUACUUGAAAGCACACAUGAGAGUGCAUACUGGCGAAAAACCAUUCAGCUGUUCUCAUUGUGGUGAACAUUUUAAGUGGCGCGGCCAACGCAACACACACGAAAAGUCUCACUUGAAGCCGAGUUAAGCAAGCAACUUAUUUUCAUAAUUAUGUAUCUUUUUUUAAUUCAAGAUUGAGAAAAUACAAUA